GCCGUACCACAUCAACAGUGGUCACUACAGUCCCACUGUCCAGCCAGGCUCAGGUUAGUAGCAACAACCUGUUUCAGUGGCUAUGCAGCCGCUGCAACAAGCACCUGGGCCCAUGCAGCCUAUGCAGUGGAUGCCCAAGAUAGCUUUGAUGAGUCCCAAGCCCUUCUCUGGGGAUAAGAAGAAGGACGAAGACUUGGACACUUGGGUGAGAACUGUGCCUACUUAUGUGAGGCAUAAGCUCACAAGGCCACAGCAAGAAGUUGUAGUGGCUGCCUCCUUUUUAGAACGGUCAGCAGCCCGCUGGUUAAAUGGCGUAGUGCAACAACAGGGCUACGAUCAAAACUUCGAUGCCUGGGCACAAUCUCAGACAUUGGAAGAGUUCAUACGGUCCGUAUACAACAAGUGGCAUGACCCACAAGGGGCUCAGAAGGCCACUGACGCUAUCAACAGUCUUUGUUCCCGAAGGUUCAAGAAUGUUAGAGAGUUGACGGACGCCGUAGAACGAUUAAUCGUGGUACCUGGUGUGCGUUUUGACCAGCAGGUUCUCCUAACGGAUWACCUAAGGUGCCUACCGUCARAGGUAAGGACCAAGCUGGUUGACGAAGCCUAUGUUGAACAGCACACCUUCACUUCAUUUAGUAAGAAAGCUCUGGACAUCGAGGCAAAGCUAGGAUCUGCGCAUCAGGCCCCCAACGAUGGUAGRAAGAGACUGCCCCAAGAUUGGAAGAAAAAGGGUCAGUUAAUGUUCGUUGACCACGAUGGUCAAACGACGRAGAUUGACGACUACUCGGAUCUUGGGGAGUUCACAAAGCACGAUGGGGGUAGUGAGACUUCARAUGGUGGAGUCGUAGCACCCAUCAAGGAAAAGGCUAGGGGGACCGGRAAGAAGAAGGUAGUACGGUCCACGGGUCAGGGCGACCAAGGAACACCCGCAUGGGUGAAGAUUGGUUUAGAGUAUGAGGUGUGGCGUGACCACGUUGCUAGGGGUACAUGCAUGAACUGUGGCCAUUAUGGUCACACGUCCAGGACUUGCCGCGGCAAGAAGGUCACCACGAAGACAGCGGAGAUGGAGCAGAAGCCAGGCGAAUCUGACAGAGACUAUGAGAAACGGGUGAUAGCUAUGAUGAUUGAAAGCAAGCAGCGGGCAAAGGCAGCAGCAGCUGCACGCAAGAAGGAGGCAGAGGCAGAGAGGCUGCGUCUUCUAGCAGAAGAACAACGGGAGAAGCACGCAGCAGCAGCAGCGAAGGCCACAUAUGAAGAGCGCGUAAGGCGGCGGGAGAUUCUAUUUAAGGAGGAAAAUGCGGUACACGCGCAGGCCAAGGAUUGGCAGAAGGAGGCCAAGAGUAGGGAAUCCGCUGACUACAGGAGCAAGCUAUUUCAAUUGCUCAACCGCAUCUUGGACCUUCUCGCUACGUACAUUGCACAGCAGGAAAACAUUCACUCUCUCGACCACGCCAACCACGCGCUACAGCAGUCGGUGGACCAGCUGACCAAGUGCGUACAUCAGUUGGAGCAGCGACCAGUCACCCCCUCCAGCGUCGGCCCCUCCGACCUCGCCGAUCGUGUAAACGUCUGGGAGAUAGACGUGGGAACGCUCAAGGCCUGGGCACAGCGGCUGGAGCAGCAAGUUUGCGCAGCAACAGCCGGCUCUACCACGUCGCCAUGCGAGAGCAUUCCCAAAUUCGACGGGGUCUCGAUCUUUUGCGCCGCAUCGAAGAUGGACCCUAUACGGUGGUGGCGCCAGUUCGAACUCAAGCUGGACAUCCACAAGGUCGUCGACAACAACCGACAUGCAUACUUGUACUCUUGGUCAGGAGGUGCGUGUCAAGCAUGGUUGGACAACAUGCUGUCCGCACACGCGUGCACAGUCUCCGAGCUGCAUAACUUCAUCACCUGGACUAAUCUCACGGCGGCAUGGCAGAAAUGUUUCCAAGUGGAACCACCCGAGCAUCAGGCGAUGGACAAGCUGCUCGCAUUUUCUCAGAACAACAUGCCAAGCGGAGACUGGAUAUCCGAGUUCCAACGCCUGGCGAGCACACCGAAGCUGCCGAUGACCUUCAACGGCAUCAAGCUCUACUUCAUCAAGAGGUUGUGCCCGGCGUUGCAAAAUGCGUUGACUCAAGUCGCCGAGAACCUCGACACAAGUGAAGAACUCUUCAACAAGGCCAAGCAGAUCAUUGUAACAUGGAAGCCAAGAAUAUUGGUCGUUCUCGGACCUUGGAGGAACAUCUCGAGCAUCUUCGACGAGUAUUGGGGACGCUCUGUCACGCCAAGUACAAAGCCAACCACAACAAGUGCGAAUUCGUGCGUCAAGUUGGAGUACUUGGGCCAUUUUGUCACACCGGAAAGCAUCAGUCCGUUGUCGAACAAGAUUCAAGCCAUCCAAGAUUGGCCGGAGCUGCGGAAUGUCACGAAUGUUCGUUCGUUCCUUGGCCUUGUCGGCUACUACCAACGUUUCAUCAAGGGAUACUCGAAGAUCGUGGCUCACUUGACCAAGCUUCAAUGCGAGAAUCGGCCGUUUGACUUCGGGAAGGAUGCGCAGGAAUCAUUUUUGUCCCUCAAGGCUGCAUUGCUAUCUGCGGAGGUCUUGCGCAGAUACGACCCGCUAUUGCUGACGCGCGUCACUACGGAUGCAUCCGACUACGACAUUGGUGCCGUCCUCAAACAACAUGAUGGCAUGGUCGGGCACCUGGUCGAAUACUUCAUCAAGAAAGUGCAUGUCGUGCAGUCAAUUGAUGAUGCACGCAAGAAGGAACUUCUCGCCUUCUUCCACGCGCUCAAGCAGUGGCGGCACUUCCUCCUUGGUCGAAGCCAAUUCCGAUGGGUAACGGACAACAAUCCGUUGGUCUUUUAAAGACCCAAGAUACCGUUAACAACACCAUCGUCGUUGGAUGGCUUUCAUCGACCAGUUUGACUUUUUUCCACCAAGACCCAAAAG